UCUCAAAGCCACAAUUUGACAUAUUCAGUGGUCAAAAUACUGUUGAAUACAGAAUACAAUUAACAGUUUAAAUAUAUGAUAGAAUUUAGCAGCUGAGAAAGUCUACAAAGACUAUAAAUAUGUAAUUGACCAACUCCUGUAUGUCACAAGUUCAGGGAAGUCCCCAAUGUGAAAGGACAAUGAAAUGAUUCAUACUCCUAGAAAUGUGCAACAGGAGUUUGACCUUAACAUGAAUUGGAUAAGAUUCCUUACAUAAUGGUAUCCCUCAAACUCAAUAUACUCUUGAACGUUAAACUUUUCUAUUACAGACAGUAUCUGUCUACUUCAAAUUGUGUUAUCUUUGUUUACAUGCUUCAUAAGAUGUCAUCACAAAAUUUUAUCUGAUAAUUUUCAUUUUGUGUCAAUAUUUAUAGACAUUUAAAUAUGGCUACAGCUAUAGAUCAGUUUGAAUACAUUAGGAAUAUUGGAAAGGGUAGCUAUGGAGAAGUUACACUUGCAAGGCAUAAAAGAGACAGAAAACAAUAUGUGUUGAAGAAGAUUAACUUGAAGAAAGCUUCAUCACGAGAGAGGAGAUCUGCAGAACAAGAAACCAAAUUGUUAUCUAAGUUAAAACACCCAAAUAUUGUGCGUUACAAGGAUUCCUUUGAGAAAGAAGGAUUUCUGUAUAUUGCUAUGCAGUAUUGUGAAGGUGGAGAUUUAUAUACAUAUUGUAACAAGUUAAAAGAACAGAAAGGGACUUUAUUAGAGGAAAGACAAUUAGUAGAAUGGUUUGUUCAAAUAGCUAUGGCAUUAGAGUAUAUGCAUGAGAGGGAUAUAUUACACAGAGAUCUGAAAACACAGAACAUUUUUCUAACAAAGAGCAUAAUAAUCAAAGUUGGAGAUCUUGGAAUUGCAAGAGUAUUAGAUAAUUGUUCUGACAUGGCGACCACAUUGUUUGGGACACCUUACUAUAUGAGCCCUGAGUUGUUUUCUAAUAAACCUUAUAACCAUAAGUCGGAUGUCUGGGCACUUGGUUGCUGUGUGUAUGAAAUGAUGACACUAAAACAUGCUUUCAAUGCAAAAGACAUGAACUCCUUGGUCUUUAAAAUAUUACGAGGAAAGAUGCCUCCGAUGCCGCGACAGUACUCACAGGACCUCGUGUCACUGUUACGCAGUAUGUUACAUCAAGAUCCGGGUAAACGGCCAACAGUCAGCAGAAUUCUCAGGGACCCAUACAUCAAGAAAAAUAUUGCAAUAUUACUUGAAGAAACUAAACAAAGACACCGACCAGCAAGUGCAUCAAGACCUCAGGUGAGCCGUCCUGGCUCCGCCCACUCUGUCUCAUCUGUAUCAUCGUCUUCAUCCUCGGUACCAGUCUCCGCCCGAUCUCGUAGUUCAGCUUCAUCACAACAAGGCAUUGAUGUCCCCGACAGGUCAAGGUCAUCUCUAGACAGUGAAAGGUCGCAGCCUGAGAGGUCAGUUGUUAGUGUGUCAAGUGUAGAAGUUGGUGCAGGAGAACCAAGUGUUGAAAAACAAACAGUACAAAAUCAUAGGAGAAAGCCUGUGGACUUUCACCCGAUACACGAAGGUAAGAUGGUGGUAGACCUGAAGGAGGAAGAAGACGGCUCAGACCAGGACACAAUAAAACAGGGAAUCAUCAAACAGAAUAGUAGCAAAGAUAGUAAAGAAAAUCAAGAAAUAAAACAGAAAGAGGAACCACCACAUCCCAAGUCUGAUAGACAGCGUACACCAAGGUCAGCAAGAUCAGCUAGAAGUCAGCUCCCAGUACCAUCAUCAUCACCCCCACGAGAUCCUAACAGGCGGAAAAAGAAGUCUAUUCUCUCAAAACAUGUAAGUUCGUCUUCGGAGUCGGCAAAUUCCAGGUACAGAAACAACAUAGCAAAAAGCCCAUCCAGUGGUUCAAAGAAAUCUUCAGCAUUCAUUUUUGAAAACCCAAAGCCAGUAGACAAUCCUCGUCCUUUACCUCCACCACCUAAGGUUGAAGGGGAGGGACUUCCACAGCGUAGAAAUAAUUACCAGGAUGUUAGUGGUGAUAUUCGGUCAACAGAAUCAAAAUCAUCAUCUUCCUCAGGCUCAAAAGAUGACAAUAUUUCACUGGGAGAUGAAACACCUGGAAGUUUGCCAAACAUGUCAGCACAAGAGAAGAGGAGACGUAAUAAUAAUGCACAGUCGUAUGAUAGACCUCAUUCUUCAAGGAUAAAACUUGAACAACCGGAGAGUGCGAAGUCAACUGUGAUUACAGAAAGAGAGAAGAAAAGACAAAAGCCAGUAGACAAUCCUCGUCCUUUACCUCCACCACCUAAGGUUAAAGGGAAGGGACUUCCACAGCGUAGAAAUAAUUACCAGGAUGUUAGUGGUGAUAUUCGGUCAACAGAAUCAAAAUCAUCAUCUUCCUCAGGCUCAAAAGAUGACAAUAUUUCACUGGGAGAUGAAACACCUGGAAGUUUGCCAAACAUGUCAGCACAAGAGAAGAGGAGACGUAAUAAUAAUGCACAGUCGUAUGAUAGACCUCAUUCUUCAAGGAUAAAACUUGAACGACCGGAGAGUGCGAAGUCAACUGUGAUUACAGAAAGAGAGAAGAAAAGAUAUGAACAACAGGCUCCACCAGCACGUCAUAGACAACCUUCUAUAGUGGAUGAUGACAGUAGCUCAUCAGACGAAGAUACACUGAAAGCUGUGGACUCUCAAAGGCAACGAAAUAAACAACAACACAGGGGUUUACACUUGCUACGUAAUGGUGACUCUGCCCCAAAGCACAGAAAGCAUAUAAAUAGGAAGAACAAGGAAGUGAACAAUUUGAUCUCGGUAUUAGACAAUACACUACAUAUAGAUAAAGACGAUGAUGAGGAGGAGCUACAAGAGGUCAAGGUCACUGAUGAAACUCCUAGAAUACCAAAAAGUUCAUCCAUGCCAAGUGUAGAUACAUUAUGUAAUGCUGACAGAUUGAUGGCUAGAAUAAAAGUUCUGCAUGAGGACUGUAUAAAAGGUGUGGGAUGGCCUAUAUUGAAACAGGCGUAUGAGAUACUGGGGAGAAUAGAGGAGGACGAGGUGGAGCCCAAGUUAGUGGCUCUGAUGGGUAAAGACAAUUUUGACUUGUACGCUGGGAAGAUUUGGCAGUUGAAGUUCUGUGAAGAUAUGGCACGUAUAGGGAUUCCGUUCUAGCCACUAAUUACAUUUUCCUGAUGGUUAAGCUUCAUAACAGACAGACGCGCGGACAAACACCAGGUUACUUGGAGUAUAUUAUAGUAGAGUGUCUGUAAAGAAUGUGACAGUGACAUAAUAGAAUGUAAUAGUUUCAUCUUAGGAUUUGAGAGUUACUCAAGUGAUGAAAGCUAUUAAUCUUGUGAUCAUGAAAUCUAGUAGGAUAGAUAUAUUUAGAAUGGAGAAUUGAAUUGCUCAUAUGAACAAGCAGCCUUUGCAGUCGAGUCAUUAAUUUUUAAAGCCGGUGAUGAACUGCUUUAAUGCCCUGAUCAGAAAAAUGCUGGUGUAGAAAAAAGUAGAGUGUACAAAGGAGUGAUUUCUGUGCAUGUCAUGAAAAAUUAGAUAUAACUUGUGUAAGUAUAGACCUUUGUAAUGAAAUAGAUAUAAACUACAGUGGUUUGGAAGGGGAUGGAAAUGUUAAUAGAAAGCAUGAAACAGUUGUUUUAAAAGGCUGUUGGCUGCAUACAGUAAAUACGUGUGAAUAUCUGAUAACUGUUACAUUUAUUAGUUAAUCAAGAAGAUGUCAUUGAAAUGUUUUGUUUUCUUUUUUUUUU